GGACCCCCCAGCGCCCCCCCACCCCACCCCCCCGGGAGCUCAUGGAAGUAUGAAGGAGAUGGUAGGAGGUUGUUGCGUGUGUUCGGACGAGCGGGGCUGGGCGGAGAAUCCGUUAGUCUACUGCGAUGGACACGCGUGUAGCGUCGCUGUCCAUCAAGCUUGCUAUGGCAUCGUCCAGGUGCCCACCGGACCCUGGUUCUGCCGGAAAUGUGAGUCACAGGAGCGAGCCGCCAGGGUGAGGUGUGAGCUGUGCCCACACAAAGAUGGGGCAUUGAAGAGGACGGACAAUGGAGGCUGGGCCCAUGUGGUGUGUGCCCUGUACAUCCCCGAGGUACAAUUUGCCAAUGUGCUCACCAUGGAGCCCAUUGUCCUACAGUAUGUGCCCCACGACCGAUUCAACAAGACUUGUUACAUCUGUGAGGAGCAGGGCCGGGAGAGCAAGGCAGCCUCAGGAGCCUGCAUGACCUGUAACCGACAUGGCUGUCGGCAAGCCUUCCACGUCACCUGCGCCCAGAUGGCUGGUCUGCUGUGUGAGGAAGAGGUCUUAGAAGUGGACAACGUCAAAUACUGUGGCUACUGCAAAUACCACUUCAGCAAAAUGAAGCCGUCGAGGCACUCCAGCGGGGGCUCCGGGGGAGGCAACAGCGGCUUCAUCGCCGGCCGGAGAAGCCAGUCUGCCUCGCCGUCUUCCCAGGAAAAGCAUGGCUCCCACCACGAAAGAGGCCCAAAGAAGAGUCGUAAGGACAAGGAUCGGCUCAAACAGAAGCACAAGAAGAGGCCCGAGUCUCCCCCCAGAAUCCUCACUCCUCCUGUGCCCCCUGUCACGGACAAGGGCUCCUCUUCCUCUUCCUCUUCCUCUCAUCAUGAGGGCAGUGCCCGGGAACCUCCCGAGGGCAGCAGGGAUGCCAAAGGGAAAAAGUCUUCCAGCCACAGUCUCAGCCACAAGGGCAAGAAGCUGAGCAGUGGGAAAGGCGUGGCCAGCUUCACCUCUGCCUCUUCCUCUUCCUCCUCCUCUUCUUCUGGAGGGCCCUUCCAGCCCACAGUCUCCUCCCUCCAAAGCUCCCCGGACUUCUCAUCCUUCCCCAAACUGGAGCAGCCGGAGGAAGAGAAGUACCCCAAGACGACGCCCCCUGGGCCGCCAGCCCCUGUUUCACCCCCUGCCUCCGAGCCCCCCAAGGCCGAUGUCUUUGAGCAGAAGGUGGUGUUUUCUGGCUUCGGCUCCAUCAUGCGCUUCUCCACAUCCGCGUCGGGCACCGCUCGGGCCCGGGUGCCAUCGCCAGGAGAGUACAAGGCCCCCCACGUCCCCGGGGGAAGCGCCGGGCCUGGCAGCCACAAGAGGAUGCCCUCCCUGAGCGCCGCCUCCGAGGAGGUGGUGGAGGCCCUGAAGGAGAAGAAACACAAAGGGAGCAAGAAGAACCGGCACGGGCCCGGGAGGCCCAAGGGCAGUAGGAACAAGGAGGGGGGAGGAGGGCCCUUGGGACCGCCCCUCCCUGGGGCCCAGCUGGCCGGCUUCACAGCCACAGCAGCCUCGCCCUUCUCCGGGGGCUCGCUGGUCAGUGCCGGUCUUAGGGGGAGCGGGUGGCUUGGGGCCGGCAUGACGGGCGAGGCGAGCUUUCUCCGGUGUCCGACCCCCUUCCCCGUAGGGAUCUACACCAGUAACAAGGACCCCAUCUCGCACGGCGGUGGGGUCCUUCGGGCCGUGUGCAGCACGCCGCUCUCCUCCGGCCUCCUGGGCCCCGCAGGCACCCCGUCUCUGCCGCAGCUGAGCCGUUCCCCCUUCGCCAGCGCCCUGCCCGCCUCCUCGGCCUCCAUCUCCACCACCCAGGUGUUCUCGUUGGCCGGCUCCACCUUCAGCCUUCCUUCCUCCCACUUCGGGACCCCCGCGGGCUCCGUGACGCCCCUCCUGGCCCAGGCCGACAGCAGCCGCGCAGAGCCCAGCCUGGAGGAGUGCAGCUUCGGGUGCCGGGGCACCUCCCCCCAGGAGAGCCUGUCCUCCAUGUCCCCCAUCAGCAGCCUCCCCACGCUCUUCGACCAGACGGCGCCCGCGGCCCCCUGCGCCGGCAGCCAGCCGGACCCCGCAGCCCAAGGCACCGCUAACAUGGAACAGCUGCUGGAGAAGCAGGGCAACGGCGAGGCCGGAGUCAACAUUGUGGAGAUGCUGAAAGCCCUGCACUCGCUGCAGAAAGAAAACCAGAGACUUCAGGAGCAGAUCAUGAGCCUAACAGCAAAGAAGGAGCGGCUCCAGAUCCUCAACGUGCAGCUCUCCGUGCCCUUCCCUGUGGUACCUGCUGGGGUGCCCGCUGCCAAUGGACCCACCCCCCAGGGUCCCUACUGCCUGCCACCCAAUGCUGGCAGCAGUGACUCCCUAAGCACCAGCAAAAGCCCUCCUGGCAAGAACAGCUUUGGCCUGGAGAAUUCCCUCUCCAUGUCUUCCGAGGACCCUCACUCUGGGUGCCCAAGCCGAAGCAGUUCCUCACUAUCCUUCCACAGCACACCUCCACCCUUGCCCCUCCUGCAGCAGAGUCCAGCUACCCUCCCCCUGGCCCUGCCUGGCCCCCCAGCCCCUCAGCAGCCACAGUCACAAAACGGGCUGGCCCGGGGGGCUGGAGGAGUUGGCUUAGGGACAGUGUCCAUGGCUGAUGGCCUUCUCGGAGGCCUGGCAGGGGGAGGGACACUGCCCCUCAAUGGACUUUUAGGUGGGCUUAAUGGGGCUGUGGCCCCCCCAACACCUACCGGCCUAAACCAGGGCAGCGGAACCCCGACAAUGCAACUUCCAGGGGGACUCAGCAGUCUGACAGAACAGCAGAGACACUUCCUCCAACAGCAGGAGCAGCAGCUCCAGCAGCUUCAGCAGCUUCUGACCUCGCCCCAGCUGACCCCGGAUCACCAGACUGUCGUGUACCAGAUGAUCCAGCAGAUCCAGCAGAAGCGGGAGCUGCAGCGGCUGCAGAUGUCUGGAGGCUCCCAGCUCCCCAUGGCCAGCCUGCUGGCAGGCGGCACUGCCCCUCUGCUGCCCUCAAGCACCCCUGGUCUCCUGCCCUCAGCAGCCGCCCCACCCCUGCUGCCCGCGGGCUCUCUGGUGGCUCCGGCGCUGGGCACCGGCACCACCCUCAUGGCGGCAGCAGCAGGCGGGCCCCCUGUCCUCACCGCCCAGACCAACCCCUUCCUCAGCCUCCCCGGGGCGGACAACAGCGGGCAGAAAGGAGGGAGCGGUGACAAAGGAUCCUCAGGCAACCAGGAAAAAGGCUAAACCAACCCCUCCCCCUCCCUGCCCCAGGGGGGCUUCAGGGGAAGCCUGGCCCCAGAGGGGGCCCAGCCGCAAGCAGGCACCCGUGCUCAGACACUGGAAAGCCCUGGCAUAGAGGAGGUGCAAACGGGUCUCACCCUUCCCAUGCUGAGAUCCUGCCACCGGCCUGGCCACAGGACUAAGCAGGGUUUUGUCAGGGAGGGACCCCACAGAGAGAUGGGGCAGAGAGAUGAGCCUGGCGCUCCUCCCUCAGGCAGGAGGCUCAGCUCCAACUUAUCCGUAUCCUUUGAGAUUGUCCUCUGCGGAGGCCAGCCCCUCUUCCCCCUCCUCCCCAUCAGCCCUCUCGUCCCUCCGGAGACGUCCCCAUUGGGGAUUUACAAGGAGAGGAGAGUCGACUCUGACCCCUGCCGAGGGAUCCGCCCUCCCUGCCUGGGCCGGGCCGGGAAAGGAAGUGGAUCGAGGGGGGCAGCUGGGGAUGAUGGCCGUGUCGCUCCCAGCAGACACAGGAGGAGGGCGCUUGAGUGGUUUUAGUGGUUGGUGAGGCUGGGGUUCGAUGCAGCCCCCUCCCUCCCUGCCCCCGUCCCGUGGGGAGUGCCUGGGAGAAUUUAUCUGUACCCGGGUCUCCGGGUGGGGGCUGCGGGGGAGGUCAUAUGUAGCUCUGGCCUCCAGCCUAAAGGAGGCUGAAGCUCUGUCAGGGGCAGGGGCUCCCCAGCCCCACUGUUUGCAGGCAUGGGGGAAGGGAGGUCAGCUCGGGGGUUUUCCAUCUUAAUAAGUCACAUAGAGCCCAGCUUCCUCCCUUCUCCCCAGCCACCCCUCCUGGGGUUCCUCCUGGGAAGAUGGAGGGAGGGGCUGGGUGUGCGUCCUGGCCCCCCUUCCCCUCCCCUCCACCCCACACUUCUUUGCACUAUUAGAACCUAUCGGUGGGGGUGUGCUGUGACAGUGCUGGGGGGCCGGCUCUGUGAGUGAAUAUCUGUGUGUGUGUGUGUUUGGGUGUGUUCAUCACUGGACCCUGGGAGGCUGGGGUGAGAGGCGAGUGGGCGCUAGCGGAGGCCGGGACUAGGGAGGGUGGGGAGAGCGCAUGCCGAGCAGGGAAGGGCGAAGGAGACCGUGGCCCCCGGGCCACUGGGGGUCUCUAGCCAGGGUAACUGCCGUCUGUUUCUUUCCUGGGUGGGCACCCCCCAGCCCAGGACCUCUGCCCUCCCCCAAGGGCUCCAAGCACCUCCCCCUCCCCUCUCUCCCCCUCCCUCUUCACACAUACACACACACAUACGAGCACAUAGAUAUGUUAGCACAUACACGCACACACAUACACGCACAUAGCUGAGUGGCAGGAGGCGAGGGUCCGCCACAAUCCGCUCGUUCUGUCUGCCCAUUCUAGCCUCUUUGCCCUCUCCUUAGGCCUGGGGAGCCCCCAGGAAUCAGGGCUGGGGGCGGGAAGCAAGCUGCACCAGCAAGCCUGCCUUCCCCAGGAGGAAGCCCUCUGCCCAGCAGCCUUUCCUCUUGGUGGGGAGCCAGGAGGCUCUCCCUCCCCUCCCAGAAAGCCAAGGACAGGAUGAGUUUGGGGGCAGUAAAGAGGUCUGCUUCAGUUGCACUGGGGGGGGGGGGGGUUGUAGGGGGCGUCAUCGGAAAGGGCAGAGGCAGGGAGAGAUCCUUUCAUACCCAUCCAGAUACGUGUGCUUUGUCAUUCUUUUUGCAUGUGUGGUUUCUGUGUUUCUGUUUUGGGGUUGUUUUUUUUUGUUUUGUUUUGUUUUGUUUUGUUUUUUAAAUAAAGAAGAGGAGAUGUAUAUAUUUUUGGCAACGACAGAAGACGUAGCGCAGAUAUAUUUUUGCCCACGCUGCUCAAUCGGUUCUUUUCUGAUACUGAAAAUAAUAAUCCUGUUGAUAAGACACAGGGAGCCUGAGGAGGGAGGGGGGGACAUCCCCCCCCGGGCAGUCUCUGAGGCUCACCAAGAGCUCAGGAGGCAAUGUUGGAAAUCUCUGAAAUAAUCACUUUUUAUUAAUGUUCUGCAGGCAGUUAGGGAGAAAUGAUAAAUUAUCAUCUUGUCCUUAAUCUAUCUAAACUUUUAAACACUUUCGCCCCUUCCCUUCCACCCCUCAAAAAUAGCAUCCAGAGAUCUCCUGAACUUAUACUGUGUCAUCUUAGAAGGGUUCCCCGGCCCUAUCAGGUACAUUCUAGCUGAAGUUAAGGUAUUUAGGACGAUAAGGGAAGUAACUCUAUUUCUGAGCUGAGGUAGUGAGGCAGGGUUAGUGAGCUGGGGUUGAAAUCCCCUUGCUGGGCCUUGGCGCCUUGGGGUCCCAGAGAGCCCCUCUGAGCUGCAGGCCUGAGCCUGGGACUUUGGGGCUGGAGGGGAGGAAGGAACUCCCUAGCAAGCUUAGCUUAGCUCCUCCAAUGGGGAAGGAAGCCGGAAGGGGUCAGGCUGUGAUUCAGAGAGCCCACCCGGCAUGGAGGCUCUGCAGGAGGCCCAGCCUCGCAGGUGCUCCCUCCCAGGCCUUCGCAUCAGGUAGAUUUGGUGAGAACUGACUUAAGACUGAAGUGGGGGGAGGGGGGAGUCUGGGGGAGGGAGAGAGGCAGAUUUGUUUAAAGGUAGCCGUCUCUGUGUCUUGGGGAGGGGAAGGAUGUGGUUAGUCGGGGAGGAAGUCGAGUUGGGAGAUUGGUGAGAGUGGCAGGGGUAUGUGUUACCCCUCCCAGCAUUUCAUCUGUCCUGGAGAAUGGGGUAAGGGUGGGGGGAGGGGGAGGGGGGCUUGGGGCAUCAGACUGCUUGCAGGAAGGGAGGGCAGGCAGGGAAGGGCAUGGCCUGUGUCUGCAAGCCUGGUCCGGGGUCCCGGGUGCAUCUGUCUGUGUGGGUGAGUGUCACUGUAAGUGCUGUGAGGGCGAGUGGGAGCGCGUGUCUGCUGCUGUGUGCGUCCCGUGGGGGUGUGCCUGUGAGAGUUUGUCUGUACCCGUGUCUCGGGGGUGGGCGCUGGGGGGAGGGAGGGUCAUACGUAGCACUUACUCUUGCUUUUGAUCAGAGCAUCUCCAAUCUGCCACAUAAAGAAUUAUACUUUUGAAAGUUCCCUUUCUCUCCCUCCCCCCCCCAUGAUGUUUUCUUCUUUAGGAAGGGAGGCCAGAUUUUCCCUUGGCUUCCUACUAUACCGCUCCCCCUCCACACACACAUACACACACAUACCAUGUCCUGACUUGGAGGUAGUGGGGGAGCUCCCCAGAGACCUAGGACUCCCUGGAGUCCUGGGAAGAGUCCUUGGGGCUUGGCCUUGUGCAGGUCCACAGGGGAAGGAGGAGGACUGGGAGAUCCGGGACAGGCCUUCCUCACCCUGAGCACUCUUCCCAACCCUGAAAACAAACACUGUAAGCUCCACCAGCCCUGUGCCCUUCACCCCAUUGCCCUCCUUACCCUGUCCAGCCUGCUGUCUAGCAAGAGGUGGGGAGCUUGUGGAACCACGGAGGGAAGGGGGAAGACAUGGUGCCCUCCCCAGUGCCCCUCUCCCAAGACUGUACCAGCUAGAAGGGAGUGGGAGGUGGCGACUCUGGGAAAUGAGGGUGAAGUGGAAAUGGGGGCAGGAUGAGAUGCUCCUGGGAACCUCCUUUGCACAGUUAUGGUCCACCUUUGCCCCUUGGUUUAUUGAAAUGUCUGCAAGGGAAGUGGGUACAAUGGGAUGGCUGACCACUGGCCUUCUGUCUCAUUCUGCUCCAAGAGGCCCCCAAAAGAACAUCUCUGUCACCUUUUCUCAGGCUGGCAAUGAAUUUCAUCUCAAUCCCAUCCUGAUUUUUUUCACCCCUCCUUCUUCCCCCAUCCCCCAGAUACUCAAGGGAACUGGAAUGGAAGGGAACAGCAGUCUGCAAAAUCCAAUGUUUGUUCCCCCCAUUUCUGAAUCCCCUUUCUUUCCUCAACCCAAGAGGUAGUGCUUCCCAUCACCCCCCUCUUCACCCUGUGGUGUGUAUAACUCAGAUCUUGUAUCUUUGUAUAACUGAUGUUAUUUGUACAAAGGGCAGUUCGUAAACAGCACUUGUUCUUUUAAUAAAAGAAUGUUUUACAAAAAAA